AUUUACCCUUCUUUUUCUCGCUUGCGGGGAAGUGUGUAUUAAAAUAUGGCAAUAUUCCAAUUGAACAGCAUGGAAAUGAAGAACGGGGACAUCUCUCACCAGGCUAUCGAGGCAGAGUACAGGGGCAAGGCUGGGCAGACCCUAUGAAAGAACACUUGGGACAGAGGGGAGGAGUAAAUAUCCUCUGUGCACAGUUUGUACAGUCAAAGAGGUGAAUUAGUGUGAAGCCCAGAAACUUAGGCUGCAGCUCAAGUCCUACUUAGUUGAUCUGCAAAUGAUCCAAGCUGACACGCCGUGCUACUUUUUGCUGUUUUACCUGAAUUCUGGGCUUCUAACAUCCACUCAGGAAUCACUCUAACAGCAGGCCACAAGAUGUUGGAGCAAGUUCUGUCGUUCGGCCGCUCUCUGGUGCGCCGAAAGUUGGUUGACCUCAGCAGCUUGGAGGAUUCGAAGCUCUGCCGCUGCCUGGGUACCGUGGACCUCAUUGCCCUGGGUGUGGGCAGCACUCUCGGUGCUGGUGUUUAUGUACUGGCUGGAGAAGUGGCCAAGGGAGACUCCGGUCCCAGCAUUGUUAUCUCCUUCUUAAUUGCGGCACUGGCCUCCGUUAUGGCCGGCCUUUGUUAUGCAGAGUUUGGAGCCCGUGUCCCAAAGACCGGUUCUGCUUACCUUUACAGUUACGUGACUGUAGGGGAGGUCUGGGCCUUUAUCACUGGUUGGAACCUGAUCCUCUCUUACGUGAUUGGAACUUCCUCAGUAGCUCGGGCUUGGAGUGGAACGUUUGAUGAAAUGACAGGAGGACACAUUGAGAUAUUUUGCAAAACUUACUUCAGAAUGAACUCUCCUGGUCUGGCCCAGUACCCCGACUUCUUUGCUGUCUGUCUGAUUCUGCUGCUGUCUGGACUUCUGUCGUUCGGAGUGAAGGAAUCCGCGUGGGUAAAUAAAGUCUUCACCUCAGUCAACGUGCUUGUACUCCUCUUCGUCAUUAUCUCCGGCUUUGUCAAAGGAGACACGCGCAACUGGAAGAUAACGGAGGAAUCUCUCGUAAAUGUCACCAUAAUUGUCAGGAACUUAUCGGCGACGGCCAACGUGAGCAGUGAUUACGGAGCAGGAGGAUUCAUGCCGUAUGGUUUCAGUGGAACGUUAGCCGGGGCCGCCACUUGCUUCUAUGCUUUUGUGGGGUUUGACUGCAUAGCAACAACGGGUGAGGAGGUGAAGAACCCUCAAAGGGCCAUUCCCAUCGGCAUAGUGGUGUCACUGACUGUGUGUUUCCUGGCCUACUUUGGUGUUUCGGCUGCGCUCACACUUAUGAUGCCCUACUACCUGCUGGAUGAGAAGAGCCCACUGCCCAUGGCUUUUGAAUAUGUGGGAUGGAGCCCUGCCAAAUAUGUGGUGGCUGUUGGUUCACUUUGUGCCCUGUCCACCAGUUUGCUGGGCUCCAUUUUCCCUAUGCCUCGUGUAAUCUAUGCUAUGGCAGAGGAUGGGGUGCUUUUCAAAGCCUUAGCCCGAAUCAAUCCUAAAACGAAGACCCCCCUUAUUGCCACUAUGACCUCUGGUGUAGUCGCAGCCAUCAUGGCGUUCCUGUUUGACCUCAAAGCGCUGGUCGACAUGAUGUCCAUCGGAACUUUACUGGCCUACUCUCUGGUUGCUGUCUGUGUACUGAUUCUCAGGUACCAGCCAGACGGCUCUCUGGAUUGGCGAGGAAGAGGUAGCUGUGAGAAGGGCUACCUGCCCACUGAGGAGGGCGAGUCUGAACUGACCGAAUCGGAAUCGCACCUCAACAAACUAAAAGCAGGUGACUCUGUCCUGCAGACCGUCCUGCACCCGCCUGCCUCGCCCUCUGAGCAAUCAUCGAGCGUCGUCAACAUGUCCAUCUGUGUGCUGGUGCUGCUGGUGUGUGUGCUCAGCUAUCUGACCACGUACCACAUCCACUCCAUCUGCGGUCUGGAAGUGUGGAUCCUGGCGUCGCUGACCGCUUGCCUCCUCCUAUUCAGUGGAUGCGUCAUCAUGGUCUGCAGGCAGCCUCAGACAACUCACAAGGUCUCCUUCAUGGUCCCUCUUUUGCCUUACCUGCCGAUUCUGAGCAUUUUUGUUAAUAUUUACCUCAUGGUUCAGCUGAGUGGAGACACCUGGAUACGUUUCUCAGUAUGGAUGGCACUAGGCUUCUUGAUCUACUUCGGCUACGGUAUGUGGCACAGUGUGGAGCGCCAGCGCCUCCUAGCCAGCAGAUGCACCACCAAGGACCACAAGACCACCAGAGCCAAGGAGGCUGGCUUGGUUACAGUCAAAAAGGAGCAGGAGCAGUUCAUCUGCCCAGAGAAGAACAGCCAGUUCUGAAGUUACCCACAAUAGUUAGUGCUAAUAGACUGAGAGGUGACACAGAGGCCCACUAAACAUGCAACUAUACGCCUUGAUGCUCUUGUGUGAACAUUGGUACAUUCAGUCUGUGAAAGCCAUGUCAGUAUUUUGUGUCAGCGGUCACACGAUGAAGAGCCGCUGAUGAUUUUCACUGUGAUGGACGUCACACUGCAGACAUUGUGUCUUAUGGAGGACGUCAUGAAGCACAAUGGAAAGGACAGGUAACACACUGGAGAGUGACAUUCCCUCGGUGCACGGCCGAGGUCUUUUAUUAAAGGAAGUCCCUGUUAGGGAUUCAGUUGAUCAAUAUUAGCAAGUUUGUCUAAACUGUAAAUGUCUCCCAUCAUUUAAAGACCUGCGUGUAAUGUCAAGGUUUUGAUAUGCAAACCCUGUUUCCAUAUGAGUUGGGAAAUUGUGUUGGAUGUAAAUAUAAACGAAAUACAAUGAUUUGCAAAUCCUUUUCAACCCAUAUUCAAUUGAAUGCACUACAAAGAGAAGAUAUUUGAUGUUCAAACUCAAACUUUAUUUUUUUUUUUGCAAAUAAUGAUUAACUUAGAAUUUCAUGGCUGCAACACGUGCCAAAGUAGUUGGGAAAGGGCAUGUUCACCACUGUGUUACAUGGCCUUUCCUUUUAACAACACCCAGUAAACGUUUGGGAACUGAGGAGACACAUUUUUUAAGCUUCUCAGGUGGAAUUAUUUCCCAUUCUUGCUUGAUGUACAUCUUAAGUUGUUCCGUUGCUCCGUUGUGGUAUUUUAGGCUUUAUAAUGCGCCACACAUUUUCAAUGGGAGACAGGUCUGGACUACAGGCAGGCCAGUCUAGUACCCGCAUUCUUUUACUAUGAAGCCACGUUGAUGUAACACGUGGCUUGGCAUUGUCUUGCUGAAAUAAGCAGGGGCGUCCAUGGUAACGUUGCUUGGAUGGCAACAUAUGUUGCUCCAAAACCUGUAUGUACCUUUCAGCAUUAAU